AUGGAGGGCCUUUUCUUUAACGUGAACAAUGGAUACCUCGAGGGCAUCAUUCGGGGAUUCAGAAACAGCCUGCUUACCGGAGCUAUGUACGGCAACCUCAAGCAGUGCGAGUCAGUGGACGCUUGCCCCUGCCUACGGCGACUUCCUAUCCGCCCUCCCCCGAACCCCUCGCCUUCCUCCCUCGCCGCGAAAACCACCGAAAAGCUCGUUUAUGAGUUCCGCUACGUGCGAGCCAACGCCUCGGGGACGCUGGCCAAGUUCAUGGAUUACCUCACCUACGGAUACAUGAUUGACAACGUUGCGCUACUGAUCACCGGCACCCUCCACGAGAGGGACACGAGCGAGCUUCUUGACCGAUGCCACCCACUCGGCUGGUUCGAGACCAUGCCUGUCCUCUGCGUUGCCUCCAACAUUGAGGAGCUCUACAACAGUGUCUUGAUUGAAACUCCGCUCGCCCCUUAUUUCAAGGGCAGUCUCAGCCACCACGAUCUCGAUGAACUCAACAUUGAAAUCGUUCGAAACACUCUUUACAAAAACUACCUCGAAGACUUUUACCAAUUCGUCAACACUCACCCCGAGAUGGCCGGCACGCCUACCUCUGAACUCAUGUCCGAGCUACUUGAGUUCGAGGCGGAUCGCCGAGCCAUCAACAUUACCUUGAACUCGUUCGGUACCGAGCUUACCAAGGCUGACCGUAACAAGCUGUACCCAACAUUUGGCAGGCUGUACCCUGAAGGUACUCUCAUGCUUUCAAGGGCUGACGAUAUCGACGGUGUGCGACUAGCCCUUAGCGGCGUCGAAGACCUUCAGAACUUCUUCUCCUCCGCCCAACUUGGCCGCGGUCCCUCGGGUCCCGGUAACAGUGACGGUCAGGAGGUGGAUGAUGGAAGCCCCAAGAGCCUGGAGGACAUGUUCUAUCACAAAGAGAUGAAGAUUUCCAAGUCCGCCUUCACAAGACAGUUCUCCUUUGCGAUUGUCUACGCCUGGGUGAAGCUUCGUGAGCAGGAAAUCCGCAAUAUCACCUGGAUUGCGGAAUGUAUUGCCCAAAACCAAAAGGGCCGCAUCGGCAACUAUAUUAGCGUGUUCUGA